GCCGCGCCGGGCGGCUGCGAGUGCGCGGAGCUGGGCGUGGACGCGAGGGUGGGCCGGGUAACGGGCUUCUGGCGCCGAGCUCGAGGAGGGAGCCCGGCGCCCAACCGUUUGCACGCGGCGGUUUCCGCGGAGGCUGGUGUCCAGGGGCUCCCGGUGCCCGGCCGCGCAGAGCCGGUCUGUGUAAGCCGAGCGCCGGGGGGCCCGCGGCGUCCGUCUAUUUAUUGAGUUGGUUGCCUAUAAAAGACCGAAAAGCAUCAUUUUAAAAGCUCAGUUUUGACGCUUCUGUGGAAAAAUCAUUUCUGGCAGCACUGGAUCCAGAAUCCCGUGUGUGACCCAUCACCUAGAGCUUCCCCCCCCCCCAGGCCCCACCAUGUCCGGGCCGCAGACCCCAGAGCCGGCCCUCGACAGGCAGGGAGACUGCUCCACAGGCUCUGGGGACGAGGGUGCUGCCGACGGGAUCCAGCACUCCCAUCGCAUGCUCAGCUUCAGCGACGCGCUGCUGUCCAUCAUCGCCACUGUCAUGAUCCUGCCCGUGACCCACAUGGAGAUCACCCCGGAACAGAAGUCUGACAAGAGCGUACAGAACCUUCUAGCAACCAGGAUUGCUGUCUACCUAAUGACGUUCCUCAUUGUGACCGUGGCCUGGGCAGCACACACCAGACUGUUCCAGAUCGUUGGGAAAAUAGAUGACACACUUGCCCUGCUCAACCUGGCCUGCAUGAUGACCAUCACCUUCCUGCCGUUCACCUUUUCCUUGAUGGUGACUUUCCCCGAGGUGCCUCUGGGCAUUUUCCUGUUCUGCGUGUGCGUGAUCGCCAUUGGGGCCAUUCAGGCACUGAUCGUCGUGUACGCCUUCCACUUCCCCCACCUCCUGAGUCCCCAGAUCGAGGACUCCGCGCACAGGGCCCUGCACCGCCGGCACAUCCUGGGCAUCAUCCUCCAGGGGCCCACGCUGUGCUUGGCCGCGGCCUGCUUCUCCCUGUUCUUCUACCCCGCGUCAUACCUGCUGAUGGCGACAGUCGUCUUUCUCCCCUACGUCAGCAAAGCCGCCGGCUGGUGCAGGGACAGGCUUGCAGGCUCCAGGGAGCCCCCAGCCCACAGCCUGGAGUUCUUCACCUUCGACCUGCAUGAGCCGCUGAGCAAGGAACGGGUGGAAGCCUUCAGCGACGGGGUCUAUGCCAUCGUGGCCACGCUGCUCAUCCUGGACAUCUGCGAGGACAACGUCCCCGACCCCAAGGAGGUGAAGGCGAAGUUCGGUGGCAGCCUGGUGGCAGCGCUGGGCACGUCCGGGCCGCAAUUCCUGGCCUACUUCGGCUCCUUCGUCACGGUGGGCCUGCUCUGGUUCGCCCACCACUCACUCUUCCUGCACAUCCGCAAGGUCACGCGGCCCAUGGGGCUUCUCAACACGCUGUCGCUGGCCUUCGUGGGCGGCCUGCCCCUGGCCUACCAGCAGACCUCGGCCUUCGAGAAGCAGUCCCCCAGAGAGCUGGAGAGCGUGCGAGUUAGCUGCGCCAUCAUCUUCUUCGCCAGCAUCUUCCAGUUUGCCAUCUGGACCACCGCGCUGCUGCAGGAGGGGGAGACGCUGCAGCCCUCGGCCCGGUUUGGGGGCCGGGAGCACGCGUUCAUGUUCGCCAAGCUCGCGCUGUACCCCUGCGCCAGCCUGCUGGCCUUCGCCUCCACCUGCAUCCUGAGCAGGUUCAGCACAGCCAUCUUCCACAUCAUGCAGAUCGCCGUGCCCUUCGCCUUCCUGCUGCUGCGGCUCUUGGUGCGCCUGGCGCUGGCCGCCCUGCGUGCCCUGCGGGGCCUCACCCGGCCAGGACGCACCCAGCCGGCACCCAGGGCCAUGGACGAUGCGCGGGCCCCGCUCCUCCCUGCGCCCUGCUAGUGCCAGGCCCUGGCCCCCAGCCCAAGGUUGGCUCUCAACUCCUCUUGUGAGACCUCAUGUUCGACCCCAGAGCCCUCAGCGUGUUUCCGCUUUUGCAGAGAAAGCCUCCUGGGAGCUUCAGUUGUGUUGCAUGUGCCCGUGUCUGUCCUCCACCCCGCUGCCUCCAUCAAGCUAAGAUGAGGCCCAGGGGUGGCUGGGGUCCAGCCGGGAGCCCUGGGCAGGUGUGACAUGGCCCCAGGUCAACCGGCAGCAAUCCCUCCCCUGGGGCUCCCGUCCCUGCAACAUGCCUCAGGCGAAGACACAGGCGCCAGCAAGGGGACAGGGUGCCCAGACUGUAUUUGUCCCAGAUGGCAAUCACGGCCAUCCUCACGCAGUGGGAAGUUGCACAGGAGGGAGGGAGGGCGCCCUUGCAGCCCCUCUGAGCGCAGCCUCGCUUAGCUCGAGGCCACGUCCUCCCAGACCCUAUUCACGGACAGUUCCUGUCAACCAACGGGCCACAGAGCAGACGCGCGCUGGCUCCACCCUGCGGAUGGGCACAAGGGGUGUGAGUCGGACACUGGGGGUGGGUGCUGUUAAGAUGCACGGGUCUGGGCAUUUGGGGCACAAGCUGGCCGGGCCAUGUCUGAGGCCAAGUGUCAGGGCCAAGCCACCACCCAGGGUGGCAGAGGACCAGCAUGGUCAGGGGAGGGGUGGGCUCAUGGACCCUCUUCCAGGCCUCGGGGGAUUCCCAGCAGCUUGCUCAAUGGGGGUCAGUUCCCUCCACGGUCUGGGCCAGCUGGGUUCGGGAGCUUGGUGUAGGGGCCCUGGCAGCCAUGGCUUCAUUCCAUGACCUGAGUUUCCACGUGGACAAGCACUGGGACCACACAGGUCCCAUCUGCCAAGCAGACAGAACCGGGCAUUGACGUGGCAGGUAGGAGCAAAGCACUGUGUCGACCUUGGUCAUUAAAGCUGCUCCCUGUUCACACUC